UUGUGUUGCAAAAAUAUUUUAAUAUUAUUGAAAAAAUGUAUAUACUUUCCCUAAUAAUUUUAGUAUUUGCUCACGAAUUUAUUGGUGUUCAAAGUCGAGUUGAUGUUUGUAUUCCUGCUGAAAAACUUCAUGGAGAUUUUUACAAGAAUGAAUUGCCUAAAUUAAUAGCAAACAAACUGAGAUCUAAUGAGUCCAUUUUUAUAGAUGAACUUCCUUUUGGGUUCGUUCAUCCAGCAAUGGCGCUUAAUGGCACAUUGGACAACUUGAAUGUAACAAAUUUUGAUAAUUUUACAAUUAAAUUGGAUUCAACGUCAGAAGGACAUCUGAAUCUUACAUUCUCAUUAAACGAUGUGAGAUUUGAUGGGCAAUACGAUUUAUUUGGUAACAUUGGUGACUUGUUUGAUAUAUUUGGAAUCGGGGACUUUUGGUUAAAGGCCACAGUAAGCGUUGACGUGAUUUUUAUCAUAACUCAUACCAGUGACGCAACUUGCAUUCCCCUCGAUAUUAAUGUUCGUUUAGCAAAAAUAGAUGGUUACUUAGACAAGUUCAUGAACGACGCCGAACUAGAAACUUUGAUGAAUAAAGGCGUGAUGACAAUAGCCCCAUUGUUAGUAGAUGAUGUUUGGACCACCAUCCAGGUAUAUUAUCAUGAUGUUCUUCAAAAUUACAUAAAUUGUUUGCUGGAUUACCAUUGUGAGCAAUUAGUAUAAACCGAAUCAAAACAAAAUAAUCAAGAGUAACACAAGUGUUAUAAUGUAAAGCAAAAUAAAUUUACUAAAUUGUGUGGUUGUAUCAAUAUGUUUAUACCACGCAAUAUUGUAUAAAAAAUUAUAUUGUCUAUUCCACUGACUUGUAA